CCAACAGUCAGCAGCAGCAGCACAGAAGAGCAGCGGCGUCGAGACGGCUCGGUGCGGUGUGACAGCGCGUUAUCUUUUACAUGAUUAAAACACUACACGGGGAGGAAUACACAGACGGAUCGAUAGAAACAUAUCUUAGAUACCUUGUCCGUCAUGGAGUCCUAUGACAUUUUAGCUAACCAGCCCGUUGUGAUUGAUAAUGGUUCGGGGGUCAUCAAAGCCGGUUUUGCAGGUGACCAGAUCCCCAAAUACUGCUUCCCUAACUAUGUGGGGCGUCCCAAGCAUGUGCGCGUGAUGGCAGGAGCCCUGGAGGGAGACCUCUUCAUCGGACCCAAGGCAGAGGAGCACAGGGGCUUGUUGUCGGUGCGGUAUCCCAUGGAGCAUGGGAUCGUGAAGGACUGGAACGACAUGGAGAGGAUCUGGCAGUAUGUCUAUUCCAAGGAGCAGCUGCAGACUUUCUCCGAGGAGCAUCCUGUCCUGCUGACCGAAGCUCCUCUCAACCCCAGCAAGAACAGGGAGAAGGCUGCAGAGGUUUUCUUUGAGACCUUCAACGUUCCUGCUCUCUUCAUCUCCAUGCAGGCUGUCCUCAGCUUGUACGCCACAGGUCGCACCACCGGUGUGGUGUUGGAUUCGGGGGAUGGGGUGACCCACGUCGUGCCCAUCUACGAGGGCUUUGCCAUCCCACACUCCAUCAUGCGCGUGGACAUCGCUGGAAGAGACGUCUCGCGGUACCUCCGUCUGCUGCUGCGCAAGGAAGGCUACAACUUCAACACCUCCGCAGAGUUCGAGGUCGUUCGCACCGUCAAAGAGAGAGCCUGUUAUCUGUCCCUCAACCCGCAAAAGGACGAGACUUUAGAGACGGAGAAGGCUCAGUAUGUACUGCCUGAUGGAAGCACUUUAAACAUCGGUCCGGCCAGGUUCCGUGCUCCAGAGCUGCUGUUCAGACCCGACCUGAUCGGAGACGAGAGCUCAGGGAUCCACGAGGUCCUAGCGUACGCCAUCCAGAAGUCUGACAUGGACCUCCGACGCACACUGUACUCCACCAUAGUAUUGUGUGGAGGUUCCACCUUGAUCAAAGGCUUUGGGGAACGACUACUAACUGAAGUGAAGAAACUCGCACCCAAAGACGUGAAGAUCAAGAUUUCUGCUCCCCAGGAGAGGCUCUACUCCACAUGGAUUGGUGGCUCCAUUCUGGCAUCGUUGGACACCUUUAAAAAGAUGUGGGUGUCGAAGAGAGAAUAUGAAGAAGACAGAGCGCGUGCUAUCCACAGGAAGACCUUCUAGUCGAGUGCCCCCAGAACUGCCCUCAAACCACCCCCAUGACUGUCGGAGCCUCCGGUCCUCCUGCACCUGUCAUCUCUGGGUACCUCUGCAUCAUCCUUUACCCCCCCCCCCCCCCCCCCCCCCCCCCCCCUGCUUCUAAACCUCCUGCUUUACCUCCACCCAGAGAAACACGCACGUUUAUGUGUGUUUCCAUAUUUACCUCCUUUUUCAUUCCCCUCCUUGUCCCCCUGUUCUCCCUGCUGUCGGGUGACGGCCCCCUCCACACCCCCCCAACAUUCACACCCAGAGGUCAGGGUAUCUGAGAGGGUCAGCACUGGACUCUGCAGGCCAUGCUAUACUGUCAUGUAGUCCACUCUGAAGUAUUGGUAUUGCUCUCUUGCCUACAAAGAUCUGCAAGUUGUAGAAUAUCAGGAAAUGUCAAUAAACAUGAAUGUUUUUGUUUUUUUGCUA